AUGAGCAAUGCCGCUCGCCUCACACAUGUUAUCGGAUCCUUAUCACCUGAAAUCCUGAACAAGGUCCGCGACCUUAUCAUGGCUCCUCCGGCACGGACGGAAGAGUCUCAACAAAAGCGUCUCCGCCAGCUACUUCUCACAGAAGAAUUAGGAGACAAGAAGCCCUCCCAGCUCUUGCGUCGAAUGAAGCAACUCAUGGGAGAUGAUAAGCUACCCAACAGAGUGUUGAAGCAGCUCUUUGUACAGCGUUUGCCAUCUAAUACACUAGUGAUCCUCGCUGACACCAAAGACAACUCGUCAGUGGAGGAACUCGCUGAAUUAGCCGACCGCAUUGCCGAUGUCCCGAGCAGUUGUCCGUCCAUGUCAGCAGUUGUAACAGCAGCUCCACCAACCAAUCCUUUCCCGCCUUCCACCAGCGCAACAGAUCUGGCCGAACUACGAGCUUUAAUAAAAGAGCAGGAAUCACAUAUACAGCUCCUGACAACGAAAGUACAAGCUAUAUCAUAUGACAGGCACCACCGCAACAACAGUCCCGUACGAUGA